AUCAACAACUUACAUUUACAUUUACAUUUGGAUAAUGAUGAUGAUUAGGAGGUUAAAGAGGAAGCUAAACUGGACCUGGACUCUAUCACAGUGUAAGAUGUCCCUCGGAAGUUGUAGAUAGCCUUUGACUGGUUUAUUCUGUUUUGCGCCUCUCUCUCUCUAAACUCCUUUGUCUUAUUCACAUGCAAAAUGCACAUGAAAACCAGGCUAAAUCAUUGCUAAAACAAAGGGUAUGGAGAUCAAUAUUAUAUUGCCACAUUGUGUCGUCCAUGUUUUUUAACAGUAAUGUAAUGAUGACAUCAUUGUUAACAUCUACUACCACAUGUUCUCUGUGUGUCAGCUAUGUGAGGACAGUGCAAAUAGGGAGGCCCUCCCCCGAGCCAAACGUAGCUGCCCCCUACAGGACAGCAGGGAGAAGGUGACCUUUAACCCAAACAUCCAGGAGACUGUACUGGAGCCAGGGAGCCCAAGCAAAGCCCCCAAGCCUGUGUCUUUGAAGGAGGUGGCUGACAUCGUGGUGCGCUGUCUAGACCCCUUCUAAAACAGGGCAAGUUUGCCACCAAGUUGAGGGAGAGAGGGAAGGGGCAUAAGCUGUGAUGAAGAUAUUUAGUUCUUAAUUUGUCACUUUUUCAAAUUGUAUUAUUCCAAAUGUGAAAUCUUCCUUGUUGUAGGAGCUAUUCAAGUAAUUUUUCCGCUACUUGUCUCAUCUACUAGCAGAGGGGAGGAGUAGGGGAAGAGGUCAAGGUGAGGAAGACAAACAUUGUGUGAUGCUCACUAGCGCAAGCUGCCUUUUCUAAUAAUGAACUAUAUUUGUGUCCACAGUGAAAUUGCAGGCCAGGAAUCUGAUAUAGAAGUUCUUCAGCGGUGUGAAGCGCUGUGAGAGUGAAGCAGACUGGAAGCACCUGAAGGGACCACACAGCACUGAGACCUCUGAACACAGAGGGAUGGGAGGAGGCGGGACUAUGAACAGAAAGGUGGAGGAGGAUAACAACCUGGGGGUCUGAUCCCUUCCUCCACUCUCUCUCUCCAACUGAUUCCCUCCCUCACAUCUCUCCCAGGCCAAGAUACUGAGCCGUUACAGAGAUGAUAUGCUGCUAUGCUGUGUCAACUCCAGGCUCAUGCUGUCGUGGCUUGGAGAGCUGCUGUAAUGGCGGCUAUUAAACAUGUACUAUAUACAGCACGUCUGCUGCUGCUGCUAUGGAACAAGUAGUCAUCCCUGCUCAACGCCGAACAGAGGUGGCUCUUUGUUUGAUGUUAGCACCAUGUGAAUAGGACAUGGAUGCUAUUGCUAUACCAGGCCAAACCCUGCUGCUACCCGGUCUGUCAUUCUGCAUGACUAAAGAGGACAGCCAGCUGGAUGUGUAACAACCACACUCUAUCCUUGAUUGAUUUAGGAGCUGUAAUUUCAUGUCUUUUUUGUUGUUAGUUUGUUAUUAGUUGUUUUCAUGAGAUUCUCAAUGAGAACUUUUGUUUAUCCUGAGGAAUCCCCAAAAAUAUUAAUUAUUUUUUUCUCUUGCCCAUAUGGUACAAAGUUAUCUUGUCGAAAAAGAUCAGAGCUGGCCAUGUCUGCCUGUGCAGGUUGGUGACUGGGUGGAUGCCUUUUCAAACAGUCAGUCAUUUCAAACAUGAUGGAAUCCAAAGAGCACUUGAUGCACCAAUGGGGAAAAACUCCCAGCCAUCACAGAAAUGUAUCCAAAAAAAACCAGCCUUCACAGAAAUGUAUCCAAAAAACCCAGCCUUCACAGAAAUGUAUCCAAAAAAACCCAGCCUUCACAGAAAUGUAUCCAAAAAACCCAGCCUUCACAGAAAUGUAUCCAAAAAACCCAGCCUUCACAGAAAUGUAUCCAAAAAACCCAGCCUUCACAGAAAUGUAUCCAAAAAACCCAGCCUUCACAGAAAUGUAUCCAAAAAACCCAGCCUUCACAGAAAUGUAUCCAAAAAACCCAGCCUUCACAGACAUGUAUCCAAAAAAAACCAGCCUUCACAGAAAUUUAUCCAAAACUCCCAGCCAUCACAGAAAUGUAUCCAAAAAACCCAGCCUUCACAGAAAUGUAUCCAAAAAACCCAGCCUUCACACACUAUUGCUCCAUGUGAGACCUGUUUACAAUAAAAUCUCUAACACUGAAUGUCUAGUGGCUGGUACUAAAUGGCUCAUGGGCUGUAUACAAUUAGAUUAAGUGGAAAGACUGUUUUAUGGAGCAGCAUCAUCCCCUGUAUAGGGAAGGGGGUUGGGGAUCGUUGCAGAAUGGAUCUGGGGAGAUAUCGGUGCAAAGCACGAGUGAGUGGGGACUUGUAACAACAGCUGGAGGCCUACGUAGAUCACAAUGGCGGGGGCGGGAGAUUAUGAGUGGCAUUUGCCAGUGUCACACAUUUGUUCAGUGAACGUACACGUGUCGAUAUUGUACAAAUAUUUCCUACGUUAUUCUCUAUUUUUAUUGUAGGCCGAACGUGCUGUCGUUGCGUAUAGGGACUUGGUUACAGUGUUCAGUUUGUGCGUGCAUUUUGUCGGCCUUGAGAUAUUAAUUUAGUGUCAGGUGCGGUAAAUUGAUGCAUCUGUCACAUUCGAAUGGUUCAUUGCAGAAUGUCGGAGCCAGGUGCGCCCGCGGCUUUCCUAGUGAAUGAUAAGGGUCGCUGAAUGGGUUACGGUUUGGGAGGCUGCGCUGUUCGAGAUUUCUUGAUCAUACGAGGCAUGUUUCCGGGCGAGCAGUCAGAGACGUUACAGAGCGCACCGUGAACAGCCACAACGAUACACCGAGCAUCGAUGCUUCGUGCAGUCAGGAUGGAGGAGUUUGUUACGGAGGAAGAUGAGCCAUGGUACGACCAACGGGAUUUGGAGCAGGUGGGGCAGGCAUGUUGGAGCCAUGGGGCAGGCAUGUUGGAGCCAGGAGCCAGGAGCCGGCACAGCUCCCCUCUUCAUCCUUACUCUGUCCAAGUAGGCCUCGUCACUGCAGCACCCGAUGAAUAAUGGAUCCAUCAAGCUGCUUGUGGAAACCAAGUGACUCGCUGCCCUUAUCCCUCCCAGACCUGCACCUGGCAGCUGAGCUGGGGAAGACUCUUUUGGAGCGCAACAAGGAGCUGGAGGACUCCCUACAACAGAUGUACAUAAACAAUGAGGAACAGGUGCAGGAGAUCGAGUACCUGUCCAAGCAGCUGGAGAUGCUGAGGGAGAUGAACGAGCAGCAUGCCAAGGUCUACGAGCAGCUAGACGUGACGGCCAGAGAGCUGGAGAUCACCAAUGAGAAACUGGUUAUAGAGAGCAAGGCCUCGCAGCAGAAGGUAGACAGGUUGACGGGUACCAUGGAGACACUGCAGGCUCAGGUGGAUACCAUGACAGCUCGUGUGGAGGAACUACGUACACUAGAGGAGCUGAGGAACCACAGAGAGGAGCGGGAGCGACGCAAGACUGUCCACUCCUUCCCCUGCCUUAAAGAACUCUGCACUGCACCAAAAUAUGAGGAUGGCUUUCUGGUGGCCAACCCCGGCAGUGUGGACCUGGUGUCUGAGCGUGAGCGCCGGCCGCUGGACGAGGAGAACGAGCGUCUAAAAGGUGUGGUCUCCUCCCUGAGGUCCGCCAUGGUGGCAGAACGGGGCCGGAGGGAGGGGGCAGAGAGGGAGUGCACAGCUGUGCUGCAGGAGUUUGAGCUUAUGGAACAACGCCUCCUGGGGGCUGAGGGCUGCCAGCUGCGAGUGCAGGAGCUGGAGGCGGAGCUUCAGGAGAUGCAGCAGCUAAGGAGGUCCCGGGUCUGUCUGUUGGAUGAGGGUCUGGAGCAGACCCUGCUCAACAAUGCUCCUGAGACCGACACACCCGAGGAGGGACCGGGGCAAAAGGAGGGAGGGGAGGGGACGGGGGAGUCCGGGGGGACAGGAGGAGGGGGGCAGCAGGGAGGCCCAGUGAGGAAGAGCUGCAGCGACACGGCGCUCAACGCCAUCUCGGCCUGCGACGCCUCUGGCAGGCGACAGGGCAGCUACGCAAUCCACGCCAACGGCGUGCGCAAGCGGGGCAUGUCCAUCCUGAGGGAAGUGGACGAGCAGUACCACGCCCUGCUGGAGAAAUACGAGGAGCUGCUGGGGAAGUGCCGGCGCCACGAGGAGGGCAUGUGCCACGCGGGGGUGCAGACGUCACGCCCUGUCUCCAGAGACCCCUCCAUGAAGGACUACGGCAUGGCCACCCCCAGCCCCUCAGCCAUGGCUGCUGCACCCCCCACCCCGCCCCAGACACCCUCCACCCCAGAGGCCCUGGAGGGCAUCAGCCGGCAGGUAGACCAGGUGGACAAGAGGCUGGGCCAGAACACCCCAGAGUACAAGGCCCUGUUCAAAGAGAUCUUCUCCCGCCUGCAGAAGACCAAGCGUGAAGUGAACUCCACCAAGGGAGUCCCCAAGGGUAGAAAGUCCCCACGGGUUGGAAGUCCUAAGGGAAGAAAGUCCAAAGACAAAUGAGCUGCUUUCAUGAUACUAGUGAACAUGCACUGAAAACAAUGGGUACAAAAGCCACAAAUUUUCUUUCUGAAUUAGUUUAUCUUUGUUUGACCGUGUUUGUUGAAAGUGGUCACUUGAUGACAGGUUACAUGUACUUCUGCACUGGGGAAAUGAUACCAUCUACUGUGGAUGAUCCCUCAGCUGUUUUAUCCAUCUCUCUGGACACUGACACAUUUUAUCCAUCUCUCUGGACACUGACACGUUUUAUCCAUCUCUCUGGACACUGACACGUUUUAUCCAUCUCUCUGGACACUGACACGCUUUAUCCAUCUCGCUGGACACUGACACGCUUUAUCCAUCUCGCUGGACACUGACACGUUUUAUCCAUCUCUCUGGACACUGACACGUUUUAUCCAUCUCUCUGGACACUGACACGUUUUAUCCAUCUCUCUGGACACUGACACGUUUUAUCCAUCUCUCUGGACACUGACACGUUUUAUCCAUCUCUCUGGACACUGACACGUUUUAUCCAUCUCUCUGGACACUGACACGUUUUAUCCAUCUCUCUGGACACUGACACGUUUUAUCCAUCUCUCUGGACACUGACACGUUUUAUCCAUCUCUCUGGACACUGACACGUUUUAUCCAUCUCUCUGGACACUGACACGUUUUAUCCAUCUCUCUGGACACUGACACGUUUUAUCCAUCUCUCUGGACACUGACACGUUUUAUCCAUCUCGCUGGACACUGACACGUUUUAUCCAUCUCGCUGGACACUGACACGUUUUAUCCAUCUCUCUGGACACUGACACGUUUUAUCCAUCUCGCUGGACACUGACACGUUUUAUCCAUCUCUCUGGACACUGACACGUUUUAUCCAUCUCGCUGGACACUGACACGUUUUAUCCAUCCCAAUAUGAAUGAAUUUUCAGCUGAUGACAUUAAUCAUCUGGGUAGAUGAAAUGCCUUGAUUCUUGACCUAAUUUAAGUUAAUUUGACAACCUAGUCGUGCACUAAAAUCUGUUUGCCCUGUCUUUGUUCAAGACAAUCCGGUACAAUGUUUAAAUGACUGAGCGUGUAUACUGACACUGCACUAAUUCUAUUUAAAAUGUAUAAAUAAUUGCUAUUUAAUGUUUUUGAUGACUGACAAUGAAUAAUAUGUGCAGAUCUAUUCAUAAAAUGUUUUCAAAAACAAUCUAGUUAAAUAUUCCUGAUCUCAAUAACACUGUUGCCUUAACAUCUUAGGCUUCAUGUAUGCAUCUAUCCAACAUACACAUUGGUUUUGAAAUCAGUAGGUGAAGCCAGUAGACUUCAAUUGAGGGAGUCCAUGGUAGUAACUUGUUCUAAAAUAAAUACUGUAUGUAAACUGUGAAUUUACCUUUGUAAAUUAGGUUGUCCAAGCUAGAGAACUGAGGACCUCCUGAUGAUGCACUGCAUAGAAAUGGAACUCUCAACCACACUUGACUAACAUUUACAUUUAAGUCAUUUAGCAGACUAAGCUACUGUAACUGUGCUCUCAGGCCAUGGGUACAUCUCCAUGACUCCUUCUUUUCUGGACUGCUUAUUUCAAGUACACAAAGGGCUCUAGCUGCCCUCCAGUACUUUGGCUUUUCAAUGUAAUAUUUUCCUUGUUCUCUUUUGCUCUUCAUUGUGUACAAACGUCAUGUGAUAUGGUCUUCUAUGCAUUUGUAGACGACCAUCUAAAUGUCUAACAUGGUUCUGUUUAAUGAGAACGGUUGCUGGUGUGUUAGAUGGAGCCUGAUAGAAGGGUAAAGAUGGUUUACAGAACAUUGUACUUUAGAGCUGGAUCAAUAACAGAAGUGUAAAAAGUAACAUGACUUUAUUGAUUAAAAAGACAACGGGA